AUGUCGGAAAGGAUCUUCCCGAAAACCAAGCCAACAGAGGUUACUAAAGCGUUGUCAUUAAUUGAUGCAACGACAGUGGACUUCUCAACAUCGUGUGCCAUUUGGUUUUGUGAAAAGCCUGACACACGAAAUGGCUUCAAUCUGUCAGAUCACUUCCCCCAAUCACUCACAAUCGCUCUUGAUGCUUAUCCCCAGUGGACUGGUCAUUUGAAAAGCAUCACGUCUCUCGAUUCGUCUGAAUCCACGGCUGAGACAGCUAAGUUUCCUCGGCAUGCGCGCCGAUAUGGUCGAGUUUAUGUUCACUAUGGUACAUCUUCAGAUCCUGGUGUUGAGUUCGUUACUGCCCAAAGCACGGCCACCCUGGAUACAUUAUGUCCCGCUUCAAGGCCCACGGAACAACCAAUAUACAACCGACAAGGAGUUCCGCUUGAUGAACUGGUUCCUUCAGUUGAAAUUGCCAAUGCUACUCGACUGAUGGUUCCCAAUGAAGCCGGCAUACUUCCACCCUUGAUGGCUGUUCAGAUCACCCACUUGGCCUGUGGAGGCUUUGCCUUGUCGGCGAAAGUCGGACACCCACUGAGCGAUAUUUCAUCGCUUGUCCAUUUUGUUAAGGACUGGGCGAGUAUAAGCCGGUGGAUUCUUUCAGGCUCAGUUUUGCCUGCCCCACUGUUAGAACCUAUCUUCGAACCAGAUCAACUCGACUCCGUGGCUGCUGCAGAUAUCAAUGCGGAUACCCCAGACCCGGAAAUUCUCAAACAAGCCGCAGCCCUCCCUUUACAUCGGUACGACUGGUGGAUCUCAACAGUCGGAUGUCCAUGGGAAGCAGUCAUCCCUGAGAUACAUAGAUCCCAAGAGAUCCACCCGGUCGGCACCUCCAUGCCCUGGUCCGAAUGGGACUCUCAAUCACCCGUCUCCCACUACGUGAUCCACCUGACUUACGGACAAGUGGAAACAAUAUGGAAAUCCGCAAUCGAAGGAAGUCCGCACGAAAGUGGUGUCCUUCGAAUCAGCCGCCACGAUACAGUCCUCGCGCAUAUAUGGUCGUGUAUCGCUCGGGCUCGUAACCAACACGAAGACUCAGGGCCCUUACAUUGUGACCUCACUCUCGGGUUGCGAUCGGCUCUUCAUCUUGAAGAACGAUUCGUGGGGUCGCCGAGUAUGAUGGUGAACAUCGAAAUGACCGGGACGCAACUUACGUCCUCGGAACAGUCAGGCGCGAUUUCUCAGAGCAUUCGCAAGACCAUCAAUCAAAUGAUUCGACCAGCUGCCAUCGCUGCGCACCUUCAUAGCUUGGCUUAUGAGACUUGUCCGCAGCGGAUCUGGCAAGCUUUUCUUGGUUCCAGACAUCUUCUUGUUACGAGCUGGGCUCGGGCUGGUGUUUAUGAUGUUGAUUUUGGGCUAAACGACUCGCCGAGGAUAAGGUAUGCUGAAGGCGUGAUUCCUGAUUUGGAUGGGUGUGUUCUCAUCAAGGAGGCGCCACCCUCACCGAGUGCUGAUAGCUCGGGUGGGAGCUGGACGGACAAUGGGGUUGAUGUGUCAAUUCAUCUCCGAGCAGAGGAUAUGAAGCGGUUGACUGUGGAUCCAUUACUUCUUCCUAGGUCUAAAUAA